CUAACGGGUGUCUCCCCGCAGGAGCUGAGCGGCCUCGGCGCCAGGAAGUCGCUGCUGAGCCCGGGCAUCGAAGAGCGGAACAAGGACGGCUGCAGCGCGCUCCCAGAGAAGGUACGUGCACGGGCCGCGGAGCGGCCGUUUCCUCUUGCUCCCGCCUUGCGAGGGAGCAGUGGGCACCGGGACUCCACUGGGAGACGGGACUCAACCCACCCGUGCUCCGUGGAAGUGCCCCUGGCUUUUCCAGCAGCUCCCUGUGACAAGUACCCCUGUGUCGCUUUGCGUGCUCUCCCCUCACAGUCGGAGAACACGUAUCUCUGCCAGAUCUACAACCUGACGCUCCUCUGCAUGGAGGAUUACAUUGUGGAACCCCAGUCGGUGCAGUUCCUGGUGCAGCACGGCUUCGACUUCAACAAGCAGUACUCCCAGGGGAUUCCUUACCACAAGGGCAACGACAAGGGCAAUGAGAACCACAGCCAGAGUGUUCGGACCUUUUUUCUGGAGCUCAUACGAGCGAAGAAGCCUCUCAUUCUGCAUAACGGCUUUUUUUACGACACCAAAUAUGCUUCAGAGUUUGAGACUCGCUUUGUAGCAUCCUACUUGGAGUAUGCUUACAAGAAGUGCAAGCGAGAGAACUGCAAGCUGAAAGACUCCAGUGGCCAGCACCUCACCGUCGAGUUCUGCAAUUACCCUGCCAACAUGUCCCGUUACAUCGACUAUCGGCACUGCUCUCUGGAAGAAGCAAGCCACAAUGUGGGAGGGGGAAAUAAGGUGCCUGCCUAUGGCUGGUGUCCAAAAGGGGUGAAGUGUCUGCAGUCUCAUAACAUCGACCUCAUAAUCGAUGAGGAUGACAAGCUUUGGGAGGAGAAGCGGAAGAAACGGAAACACAAAUGGAAGCGUCGGAAGAACACAGAAGAGUUUGCAAAGGCGUUCGGACAGGCAAGCUCAGGGAAAGAAAUGGAGCUAGCUCAGAAUGGGGAGGAGGGACCACCACGAAAACAGAGCUGCUACGAGCCUGCAGCUGCUACAGAGCUGGCAGAGAUCACACCCAACAGUGAGGGCAGGCCACUGGAGGACAACUGCAUGGGCAUGGAACCAGAGGUCAGCUCAGACACCGGCACACAACAGGAAGAGGAUCUGGGGAGCACUGAAGGAACUGCUGCCCAGGCAGCAGCUGCUGUGAGCCCUUCUGCCAAGGGAAAUGCCUCUGACAGUGACCAAGUGGAGGGGAAGUCAGAGGUUCCCACUGGGGUGGGCUCAGUCAAUCACCCAGACAUCCCUGGGACUGAAGCAGCAUGUGCUGCAGAAAAGGAAAAGGAAGCCCACGGCACACCUUCACAGGGGGGCACCCACCGAGCCGGCUUUGAUGCAUUCAUGACUGGCUAUAUCAUGGCUUAUGUCUGGAUGCUCAAGAGAGGAAAAACCACGGAUGUUGGUGCAGAGCCGUGGCUGCCAGACUGCCAUAAUAAACUGUACCUCAGUGGGAAAUCGGUGCCACUUCAAAUAGUGAAGAGCUUGUUUUCUAAAUCUUCCAAAGCUCACAGCCAGAAGAUGAAGUUGGUCUGGGCCACUGGAUAGAGCUAGAGGACUCAUCACUGAACUGGGCUUUUUUUCCCCCUCAAGUUUUGAAGUUACUCCAUCAAGACCUGACCAGAACAGGAGCAAGUUUCUUACUCUUGUUUCUGUUUUAACUUCUGACUGAUUAAAUCGCUCUCAAUUGGA